UUGCUAUUACUGCAUACAACAUUCUCAGUAUUUCUUUCAAUUAUCUAAAAACAUUAUUUGAGAAAGAAUCAGUAGGCUUGAGCAUAUUGCCAAAGGGAUUUAUGACCAAAAAAAGUUAAGAACCCCUAGUUUAAAGUUAUUAUAAUGUAUGAGCUAAAGGAUUUCUAAUUUCUACUGAAAAUAUCUAUUAGUCUCAUGUUGACAUUGACAGGUUCAAUAUCCAAGAUAUAGGAGGAAGAAAAAGAACAAGAACAGGACGAACUAGAACAAAUGAGGAAUGUAAAGAUAGGACAUCAUAUGACUGUCUCCACAAUACAGAUGAAAAAACUGAGACAGACAGAGGUGAAAUGAUUUGCCCAGGAUCUGAUGAUCCUUGAAGUGUCUGAGGCUGGAUUUGAAUUCAAGUCUUCCUGACUCAAAACCCAGUGUUCUAGCUACAAUACCACCUAGCUGACGAGAAAAUAUAAUCCAGAUUUGGCAAUUCUCUUUGAGAUUUAAUUUCAUGUGCUUCAUUCACAAUUAAAAAAAAAAACACUGAAGGCAAAUCUCUGUCAGUCACUGUGCCUACAGGGUAAGGUCUUAGGGCUAUGUGCUCUAAAACAGAGCUCUUCUUGGGAAAUUAUCCCCCAGGGAAAGGAAUUCUGCCUCCUCAAUGGUGGGAUAUAUAAAGGCUACCCUAGGUGACAUGUCUGACAGAAAGGGCUCUUCCUUCUUGGUUAAUGAAGCAUUUUGGCUGAAAGUAGGGCUAGGGAACAGAGGACACCCACAUACUACUUAAGCGAACGACAUCUUCCCAGUUGAGAAUCAGGCUAUGGGAAAGAUAAUGCCCUUAACUUCUGCUCGUCAAGAAAAAGCUGAGCUCCAAGGCCUGAAAGGUUGGAUUUUUUCCUUUUUCUGUCCCUCUCCCCUGCUUCCUGCCUCUCUGACACGUGGUCAGUCAGUCAAUCAGUUGCUCUGGGAAAAUAUUCUUCUGAAUUCAUGUCAUAGGUAACUACUGUUGAAUAUCACCAUCACAAAGCAGAAUCCCAAAAUUUAAAACCUAAGUUUUAUUAUGCUUAAGCCCAGGUUCAGAACUGAGAAAAACAGCUCUCCACCCAGACAAGGGUUCUAACAUAGCUCAUAUAAUUGCCAAUUACAUCAGAGAGACAGGGAAAUGAUUUUUGAUCAUACAGCAAUCUGAGGCCAUAAAUUAGAUGGACUUAGUUUAGUAGAAUCAUAACUGCAUAAUCCUCCAGAGAAGUAGACUUAGUUAAGCAUAAUUAGUUUUAAAGUCUAUAGGUAAACUAAGUGAAGCAACAAAUUAAACUACAUUUAGAGGAUUCACAAUGAUUGAGAGGGGAGAUUUACAUGCCCCAAAGAUAACACAGGGUUGGAACCAGUUGGGAUACUUGCACAAAUAAAGCAAGUUAAAUUACUUUAGGAUGUCUUGACUCCCUUUUGGCUUCUCGCUUCAUGAAUGUAACAUCUCAUUGGACAGGUUUCAGCCAGCCAAAUAACCUCCUGGAGAAAAAGCCCUGAACUCCCCAAAGUAAGGAUUACUAAAAGGAAAUUUUUAAAAAUUUAACAUAGUCAAUACACAUUUAUUAAAUGUCUGCUAUGUGCUAGGCACUAUGCUAAGUGCUAGGGAUACAAAGAAAGGCAAAAGGCAGUGCUUUUUUCUCAAGGAGGUCAUAAUGGAGUAGACAACAAAUGAGGGAAAGGAGAAAGAAGAUUGCAUGUGACUUCAAUCCAACAGGAUUUCUUUCUGUGACGGUGGCAAAAAAUGGUGUCACUGGAGACUGAAAGGUGGAACAAAGACUAGCAAAAGGAACCAUAAAAGAUUAGUGAAUGGGCAUGAAGAAAGGGGAAGUUUCCCACUGGGUACAUUUUGGAUUAUCAAGCAAGUAGAGGCAAGUUUGCAAGCUGUAGCUAUGAUCCCUUAAGGACAUAUUUUGAUUAGUUUUUCACUUUGCCCAGAGGAAGAUGGUAUAUUCAGCAGAAGAUGCACUAAAUAAUAUAGCAUCUAAAUUUUUAAAGAAAAGUUAAAUGAAAUAUAGGCAGAGAUAGAUGGCAGUGCUUAAUAGUGGGGGACUUCAAGCUUCCCCUCUCAGAACUAGAUAAAUUUAACAUAAACAAAUGAAUGAAUGAAUAAACAAAUAAAUAAAUAAAAGACAUUCCAUCUCCUUGAACUGAUCCCUACUCCCACUCCAAACUCUCCACACAUACCUGAUCUAACAGCAUAUCAGACUCAGGGAAGUUGGCUAGUGGCAGACCUGGGCAGGGAGCAGCUACUGGCGGCCAAAGGAGGAAGAAGGGGUGCUUUCCUGUGAUUUGGGGGCUUCUCUGGGCUGAGGGUCAUUCUCUGGCUAUAUAAUUACAAGGGCCUUUUACAGACCUAUCUGAAUAUUCCCAAAGAAACAGAAAGAGAGGGACAAUAUGAGGUGUACAAGGAAGAAAGGUGGAUCAAGGGCCCAGCCUGACAGAAAACAACAUUUUUCUGCUUUGGGUCCCAGGGUCUCUUUCAGACAAUGAUGCUUCAGCUGAACCCUCCAAAGAGGCACCCCAUCAAAUCCCCUAGGAUCUCUCUUAGAGAUCCUACAAAAUCUUAGAACCAUAGAAUCAGAGUUGGAAGACACCUUCAAAAACAUCUUCUCUAAUCUUUUUACCUUAUUAACAUAUGCAUUCCUUAUAAGUGUCAUAUAGAUCUUCUGUUUGAAAAUCUACAAUAACAGUCAACUUAAUUUCUCGAACACCUCUAUUUAAGAUGUCCUUCCUCAUAACCCUCCUCUAAAUGAGUCUCUUGUCCAAUUCCAUCCAUUUCACCUAAUCCCUUCUGGGGACAAGUUGAAGAAGUCUAAUUUCUUUUCCCCACCAUAACUUUUCAAAUACUUGAAAGCAGUUACUAUUUCUCUCUCCCUGAACGCUUUUCCAUGUUAAACUGAAACCCCUCCCGCCACCCCACCUCCUUCCAGAUCUUUCAUUUGAUCCUUCUAUGAUCUCCAGUCCUCAUCAGUGUUGCCCUUCUCUCAAUGUCGCUCCUAAAAUGUGGUACCCAGAAUUUGAGUCAACACGCUGGAUGUGGCGUGAAUCCGGCAGAGAACAGCUGUAUUGAAUUGCUCCCUGGAGUGGGACACGACUUCUGCCCAAGGCCCUACUGCCUUAUAGGAGCAGGGGGGCAGAUGGGGCAUGGGCCACAUGUAUUUUUCCGAGCUCCUUCCCUCUCUUGGACCCUAAAAAAAAUUGUAACCCUCACACACCUCAAUAUGUGACAGCAUUCCCAUUGACCUGAAACUGGUACGACUAAGGUCAGAGCAAGUGGAGCUCUCCAGCUCGGGAGACCUUGCCCCCGCCCUAUACUGUGGGAAGGGGCGGGACAGAGGGAACUCAGAGCAGCAGCCGACCAAUUGUACCUCCCCGCGUCCAGGGCAGCUCAAGGAGAGGAGGGUGGAGGAAGGAGCAGAUUGGGGAGGCCCCGCCUCACUAACCCCCCUACCCAUCCAGCUGCGGGGCUUCAGUCAAUAAACGCGCCAGGCCUCCUAGUCUUUCUCCCGGGGACGUUCUAUCUCCCCCGAGCUGCGACAUGCGGGACUACGACGAAGUGACAGCCUUCCUGGGCGAGUGGGGACCCUUCCAGCGCUUCAUCUUCUUCCUGCUCAGCGCCAGCAUCAUCCCCAACGGCUUCAACAGUAUGUCGAUAGUGUUUCUGGCGGGGAUCCCGGAGCACCACUGCCGGGUGCCCGCCUCGGCGAACCUGAGCAGCGAGUGGAGGAACUACACCAUCCCGCGGCAAAUGCAGGAGGGCCGCGAGGUGCCCAGAAAGUGCCAGCGCUACCAGCUCGCGGCGCUGACCAAUUUCUCGACCCAGGGGCUGGUGCCCGGGAGGGACGUGAACCUGAGUCAAGUGGAGCUGGAGCCCUGUCUGGACGGCUGGGAGUAUAGCCAGGACACGUAUCUAUCCACCAUCAUCACGGAGUGGAAUAUAGUCUGUGAUGAAAGCUGGAAACCCCCACUAACAACCUCAUUGUUCUUCGUGGGUGUGCUGAUGGGAUCCUUCAUAUCAGGACAACUCUCAGACAGGUUCGGCAGAAAGAAUAUCCUCUUUGCGACUAUGGCUGUGCAGACAGGCUUCAGUUUCCUGCAGAUCUUCUCCAUCAACUGGGAGAUGUUCACUGUGCUGUUUGUCAUCGUGGGCAUGGGCCAGAUCUCCAACUACGUGGUGGCCUUCAUAUUAGGAACAGAGAUACUUGGCAAAUCAGUUCGUAUUAUAUUCUCUACGUUAGGAGUUUGCACAUUUUUUGCAAUUGGCUACAUGUUGCUGCCACUGUUUGCUUACUUCAUCAGAGACUGGCGGAUGUUGCUACUGGCUCUGACGAUGCCGGGGGUGCUGUGUGUCCCGCUGUGGUGGGUUAUUCCUGAAUCCCCACGAUGGCUGAUAUCUCAAGGAAGACUUGGAGAAGCGGAAGACAUCAUCCAAAAGGCUGCAAAAAUGAAUAAGGUGACAGCACCGGUCAUAGUAUUUGAUCCUUUGGAGCCCCAGGAGCUAACGCCAUUAGAGCAGCAAAAGGGAUACAUCCUGGAUCUAUUCAGAACUCCUCACAUUGCCAUAAUGACCAUUAUGUCUUUGAUGCUGUGGAUGCUAGUGUCAAUAGGUUACUUCGGUCUCUCUCUCAACACUCCUAACUUGCAUGGAGAUGUCUAUCUGAAUUGUUUCCUAUCCGCUGCCAUUGAAGUCCCAGCCUAUGUGAUAGCCUGGAUGCUGCUUCGAAACCUGCCCCGACGAUAUAUCAUUGCUGGGACGCUAUUCCUGGGUGGAGGGGUUCUCCUUUUCAUUCAGCUGGUACCCACUGAAUACCAUUUCCUGUCCAUUGCCCUAGUGAUGCUAGGAAAGUUUGGAAUCACCUCUGCAUUCUCAAUGCUCUACGUCUUCACAGCUGAACUCUACCCAACACUUGUCAGAAACAUGGCUGUGGGCGCCACUUCCAUGUCCUCCAGAGUGGGUAGUAUCAUUGCUCCUUACUUCGUUUAUCUUGGUGCUUAUGACAGGAUCCUGCCCUACGUUCUUAUGGGCAGCCUAACUGUGCUCAUUGGCUUCGUUACCCUGCUUUUUCCAGAGAGCCUUGGAAUGGCGCUACCAGAAACCUUUGAACAGAUGCAGAAGAUAAAAGGUUUCAGAUCCAAGAAAAAAACAGGGAACUCCAAUGGGAGAGAGAAGAAUCCCAAGGUUUUCAUAACUGCAUUCUGACCAACUUCUGUCACAUUUGGUAAGCAGAGGUCUCUGAGACUGAGGAGAAACCAAAGCAUAUCCUGCCAGAAAGGACUACCUGAUGGAAAACACAAUGAGCAUCCCAUUAUUGUCAAUAUCUUUGCCAUAUGAUAAACUAGAGUACUGCUGUUUUUGAUACCUUGUCUUGUCAACCAGGAUCAAAAUAUGUUUCCAUAGAAUUCUCAGAUGCAAUGGCUUCAUUUACAUCUGUGAAGGAGGUCCACAAUGCUUUUUGAGGACACAAUAACUAAGAAGUGAAAUGCUCAGGGUGUCUCACUUAUUUUUAGACAUGCAAAUACCACCCACGUCAGAAAAGUCUCAGAGGUUAAAGGCAGGAGUACAGCUUUGGGUACUGAGAAGUAUUUAGUUUUUAUUUAUUUUUUUCAAUUGACACUGCACUUCCAAUGCAGUUAUUUCUGAAGCAAAAAUAUUUGGCAUUCCCUAUAAAGAAGAAAGAGUUUCUUAGUAUUCCUAUCCUCAAUAUUUGAUGUACACUAAUGUGAGAAUCUUUUAUCCUGGUAUUUGAAGACAUCUUUAAAAACAUUUACUUUGUUUCCCAGAUAACCUUCUUGAAAUAAACUAAUGGCAAAAGUCCUUAUCAUCGUGCAGGUAAAGUGUAGAGGUAAAGAAGCUGGUCAGGGUGACCCAUCUGCUAUUACCCACAAUGGAGCUAGGAUGAUAAUCCUUGGCAUCAUAGUCCAGUACCAGCAUCCCUGUAUAGUGCAUUCUCAUGAAAACUCCAAAUUUUUCAGUAUUCAUUUUGAAUAUGAGAAUUAUCCUGUUGUAUUAGGCUUGUUUACAAAUCAGAUAUUUCUAUUAUAUAUUAGGAAAAGUUUGAAACAAAAAGUGCUGUUCAUUGUUCAUGGCAACAAUCUUACCUAAGCACAUUUUAAAAUGGAAGCUGCUCAAAGCUAGAAAUAGGUUUUUGUUUUUUAAAAAACAUCAUUAAAAACAUCUCCUUUCCAGAAAAAGCUUCUCUGUUCCUGAGCAUGACUAUCCAGAUGUGCCCCCCACCUUUCCAGUUAUACAUUGUCUGUGGCAGGCAUGAGGAGGGUUUACCACUGGGGUAAGCUGAUUAAGUUAGCACUCCUGUUAAGAUGCAAAAGUUUGCGUUUGAUGUUGGCUAGCCUACACACUAAACAAUCAGACUGGAAAUGCCAGUGUUCCUACUCAAUCUUUAUAAGACACUGUCUCUGAAAGCUGCUGAAGACCAAAUCCUUGUUAUCUAAGUAUUGUCCACACACAUUCCUCUUUAAAAUAUAGUUUUUCUGAAGAAAAAUACAAAAGUGCUUGAAGCAUCAUUGCAAUAAGGUGACUCAUCUUGCUCCCCACAAUGUGUAAUACUACAGGGUAUAUGGAAUAAACCACUAAUGGCCACCAGAUUGUCAUAUGUUUUGUAUGGCUCCUGAAAAUAAUUUUCUGUGACAGAAAAAUUUCUGUGUAAUGAACCACUAAUAGCCACUAGUUUUUUGAUAUGUCCUCAAUGGCUCUUGAAAAGAAUUAUCUUCAACAGGAAACUUUAUAGGUCUACGUACUUUUCAAAGGAAUCUCUGAUUUGGCAUGAGACAAGUUUUUUUCAUCAUUUAAAGAUGCUCAUCUCAAAAUCUUUGACAUUGAUAUCAAUUAUUAACCUCCUUAAGAGAGGAUUUGUCAGAGGGUACUAUUAGUAUGUGUGUGUAUAUGUAUAUAUAUACAUAUACAUAUAUAGUAUUGACACACUGAACCUAUUACAUAUUAUUACAAAUGUAAUUUUAAAUAUGGUAAAAGUAUUUUAUAGAUCCCAUGCCCCUUAUGGAGCAAAAAACUUAGAUAUUCAUUUUUUAAAUAUUUGGGAUUGUGGGGUUCACCCCCUGUCAUUUUCACUCAUUCACUUUACCUGUUAUUCAGUCUCAUAUAUUCUAGAGGGGAAAAUCUAAGUCUCCUUUGGGCCUUAAGGCCUCUGUCAUUCAAUUCAAAUAAGUGUUCAUUAAGGACAUUUGAUAGGGAUGUAGUGUAUGUAUAAUAACUGUCAAAGAGCAAAGGAUUUAUUCAGUAACACUGCCAUGCUACUGUUUAACUUAUGUAGUGUGGUUUUUAUUUUUAAUUAUGGUUUGCUUCCUGAAAAUUAUACAUGGUCAAGAUUAUAAAGUGAAACAAUCUCUGAGAAAUAUUUUUUGGAAAGGUCAUAAUGCAUUCCCUAACCAACAAUGACUUGAAUUUUAAACUGUGUCAGUGAUUUCAAGAUGGUACAAUGUAUAGAAUGUAUAAGUGCCUUAAACUUUAAAUGUUAGAGCUGAAAGGGACCUAGAGAUUACCUAGUCCAGACUUUUCAUUUUGCAGAUGAAGAUACUGAGACAAAGAGGUGUGACUUGCCCACAGUUACACAGCUCAAGGCUAGAUGAGGCCUUAGAAUUCAUCUAAUCCAACCUCCCCCUCCCCCAUUCUACAGAUGAGUAAACUGAGGUCUAGAAGGGUGAAACGAUUUACCAAGGUCCAUACAGCUAGUAUUUAAAAUGGGAUUAAAAUGACUCUAAACCCAACAGUAUCUCCUGCAAUGCACUGCCAGCUCAGCUGGGAUUCAGAGUGAGUCUUUUGAUUCCAAAUGUACAGGAACAAGGACAGAUAUCAUUAAGAAAUUAUUUCAUUUCAUUAUAUUCAUCUUUUGCUUUCUUUGGAAACACCUGUUGCUUUGUAUUUGAACAUUUGAUAUUACAAAUUAGUAAAAAAUAAAAUGUUUCUAUUU